AUGGGAUCGCUACCGUCCCCGACGUCCAGUUCGGCUGCUGCACCAACCUCAACCGGAACCAACCCCUUCCACAAGAUCCUCACCGGAAUCUUCGCACUGGGCGGCAUCCAGAAAAUGUCCUACGAGGAGACCUCUCUCGUUGUCAAACUCGGCUCCGUCUUCUCCUACUGCGUCGGCGACGUGUUCGACCACUCCUACCCUUACAACCACCUCUCCAUCGGAGCCGGAGACGCCGAUCUCGCUGGCGACUCGACCCCCUUCCGCACCAACGAUCUCGGUCACUACUUCCUCCCGCUCCAGAAAAUCAGCCUCGGAGGCGAGGUGCUGGAAAUACCGAGCCAGCAGCCUGCUGGGGCUGCUUUUGCCGUCGCGCCACCAGCUGCUUACCCUCCUGCAGCUGCGCCAUCACCUGCUUCCUUUGGUCUUGGAAUUACUCAAGCUGACAUCCGUCAUAUGCUGAAUGAGGCAGUUCGCGAGGUUUUGCCUUCUGCGUUAGGGUCCGUCUUCACUACUGGGUCGGUGAGUAAAGAAGGGCGAGUGUUCCCGGCGUUGGGGCUUCACUUCGCCGAUGGCGCGGAGCUGGUUGUGGAGAGUAGCGGGAUGUUCAUUCUGGCCGGUGAUGGAGUCUUCUGCUUGGCGGUCGUUAGGCCGGAGAGUUUUAGCAUUGUUGGGAUGAUGGCGCAGCAGGGUUACAACAUUGGGUAUCAUCACUUGAACGAGUCUAGGGUUUAUUUUCAGGACAUUGAUUGCCAGCUUUUGGAAGGGUGA